CGAACAGUAUGGGUUCUACUGCUGGAAAGUUAACUUGACAAAAGAAUCUGACUCGAAAUGACAGUGCUUAUGAACACCAUUGAGAUAAUAGAUGGUAUCAGCCUGAGCGGAUCAUUAUACUGUUCUUUGGAUUGUUAUUUUUCCUCCCAAAGCUAAAUUUCACUGCAACGAAAAGGAAAACAUACGCCAUGAGUAAUGAAGAGAAGGUUCCUUUGGUUUCCAAGGAAUCGGAUGGUUCUUACAUAUCUCCGGAAGAGAAGCCGAACAGUUUGGGUGGCUCGUCCUUUCGAGCAUCGAUGCACCGAUUACUAGAAUCAUUCUCUACCACCGAACGGCAGCAUGCUCUAAAAGAGUUGGGUGUCGGUCCGGCGGCAUCAAUGAUCAAGGAUGCCGUUUUGGGUUAUCAGGUACGAUACCGCAAUACAAACACAACGAAGUAGCGAAUCUAAUACAGUAUGCUUAUGAAUCAAAUAUUCUCGCUCUUACUAUCUCUGUGAAUUAAAAUAAAUUAUCAUUUUCUCACCUCGUUUUUCUUGAAUUUGAUGUUUCUCCUUGAAACAUGCACUGGAUUGUUUCGGUUUGUUUAUCCCGCACAGGAUGCACCUUACGAAGGGUUUUACGACCCCUAUGCCAACCCUGAUUCAGUAGUUCGCAAUAUGGUUAGCAUCGUAUGUGGAAGAUUCAUUGCCUACUACUGGAUCAAACGGCUAUUGCUAGCUGCCAACUGGGCUCUUUUCAUCCUUUCUUUUUUGGAACCUCCGCACUGGUGCAGAGAUUCGGAUCUGGUCAUUGCUAAAGGCAACCUGAAUGAUGACCUUAGCGAGUAUGGCGACUGCCAAUUGAUUCUAGGAGCGAUAGGCACAGCAGCAGAUGGAGAUGAGAAUCAAGAUUACUAUCCUAGCUCAAAUUCGAUGCUGUUGUCGGUUUCACAAUCAAAACGUGUGGAGCUGAUCUGCAUCUUCGCAAUCGCCUUUUUCAAUUUUUUGAAGAUGGGCGACGAUGGCUUCAGCCCUCGUCUCUAUUUCUACCCUGGAUUCAAGCGAUGGAUGCAUGGUUCACAGUUCGUCAUCUUAGUUUGCCUUUUUGCUGGAAACGUCGUCGGAAAUACAAUAUUUAAUCCUUUUUUCCGCAUGAUGAUACUUGGAACCCACCUGCGAAAUUUUCAGAGAGAGUUUUGGAUAAUGCUAAAAAUGGUGAGCUUUUAUGUUUGAUCGCAAGAUGGAGUGAUUGGCUAACGAAAAAGAACUGACGCAAUUUCUCUCAUUUCGAUAUUAUGAUUUAUAUUAUAGAUCCCUAAAAUGGGAUAUAUUCUGACAAUCCUAGCUAUCGUUGUAAUUUUCUAUGCAUGGUUCGGUGUGGUGAUAUUUCAUGGAACAGAGCAAGGUGCCAGUGGUUUUCAAAACCUAAUUGAGGCUAUAUGGUGCGUAGAACGAAAAAAUACGCGUCUUAAACAUGAACUACGUCAUUCUCUCACAUCGUUCUUUCUUCUUUAGGACCUUAUGGAUCUGCAUCACUACUGCCAACUACCCUGACGUUAUGAUGCCUUCCUAUAAUGAAAACAGAGUCGCAGCUUUAUAUUUCGUAAGCUUCAUGACUAUUUCUUUCUUUUAUUUGAUGAAUCUCGUUCUCGCUGUAACUGUAAAUUUGUAAGUCUUUUAUUCGUCGUUUUGUGUUUGAUUUCACUUACUCUAACGCAAUCUAAUCGCUCCGAGCUCCUAAAAUUUGUCAAACUUGAGAAUCCAGGUAUGACGACAGCAUUGCAGAACGAAAACGCAAUCGAAAGGACUUGUCUAGAAAUCUUCUGGAAAAAGCAUACGCGAUGUUGGAUCCUGAAAAUAAUGACGCAGUAAGCCGUGAAACCAUCAUGGCUGUCAUGUUCAUUUUGAAUCAGGACGUUCCCGAGAUUCGCAGGCUUUCCAGGGAUGAAAAAGGUAUUGUUUUUGCAUUUCUCGACAAAGACGGAUCGUCGGAUAUUUCAUUAGUUGAGUUCUUGGAUUUCAGUAAAAUUCUCCUUCUGAAAUUGACAAAGGAAUCUGACUAUAAAAGUUUCGUGGAGCGCCAUUUACCUCAAGUGAACGAAACAAAUUGGUAUCAAGGUCUGGUUAAAUUUAUUAGGUCGAAAACUUUUGAAUAUUUCAUUGACGCUGUCCUCGUCUUGAAUGCAGUGGUAGUUGCAUUUCAAGAUUACCCGAUAUUGUCAGGACAAGAUGUGGUAGGAAAUCCUCACUUUGAAGAUGGACAUGUUGACACUGUUUGGGAAUUAAUGGAAACAAUAUUUACAGUUGUCUACGUACUCGAAGCUGCUUUGAAGAUACUAAUCGAAGGAUGGAAAAGGUAUACUGAAUCUAUGCGAAACCUGUUCGACUUCGGAGUCACGGUAUUGGUAUUGCUUGUAACUGUAUACGUUUAUUGUAAGUUGAAAGUCAACCCCGUCGUCUUUUUGCACGCCCAAUUCCAAAUAUUUGAAAUCCUUACAAUGCGAGUUCUUCUGCUUGGGUGACUGCAGAUUCGAACGGAUACAGCAGUACUCGCAUAAUUCAGCUUGUCAUUAUGGUUCGAGUCCUUCGUCUUGGACGUCUCUUUUUUGUUUCGCAGGCUCCGUUUCAGAUGUUCGGAACAAUUACGCUUGAUAUUUUGCCAGCAGCAACUAGUGUAUUCAUGAUACUUUUGUUUAUUGGAUACUUUUACGCCUGGGUUGGCAUGUCUCUAUAUGGAGGAUGUAAGUGUUCUCUAUAUCAUCAUGGCGAUGUGUCUCCAUUUUGUUCUUCCAUCACCGAUUCUGAUUUUUCAAGCUUAUUUUUUCUUGUUUGCGUUUUCGAAGUAAUUACUCGCGAUCCCGAUAACCCACUUUCGUAUACCCUCCUAGAAGCAUCAGACUUCGUUGACAAUGAUUACUGGCCCAAUAGUGAGUAGCAGCUCAUCACGAUUUUGAACAUUUACGAUGCCAUCGCUUUGGACGCCGUGUGCCCUCACAGAAAACUUUGCCUACAUAUUCCCCACCCAAACCUAGAUUUUAAUGACAUGUUCAGUGGUAUGAAUGUGUUGUUCAAUCUUUUGGUUGUUAACAACUGGACAGAGUGCGAAAUAGGUUUUGAAUACGUCACUGGAGCAAAAUGGGUUCGGAUUUUUUUCUUCAGUUUUCAUCUCAUGGGUGUGAUUGUGAUUUCGAAUGUCGUAACUUCAUUCGUCAUCAAUGCUUAUUUUCAACAAUUAGAAACUCUCGUUCAACGUCUAGGAAGUGAAGAGAUAGUAGAAGACGGAGCAACCAUUAAAGGGGCUAGAGGUAUCUUUGAUGCAUCAACUGUCACUGGGACAAAAACUGGAACUGAAAGCAUCUAUAUCGCUCGAAUUAAUCCAAGGCAUAUGGAUGUUGAAAUGGACGAAACAGCCGUGUUGCAACGCAUGUUUACCCGUACAAGGUCUCGCACCCUUAGUCCUACUGGAUAAAAGUAGAGCCAGGGGUUGAAAUAUCUCGGAGCCUUUGUUGAAAAGCUGGAAGCUGAACCGAGUUUCCACACAAUUUAUCAAACAAAUAGUUUGUUGAAAACAUUACAGUAUUUGGUGACGUUGCCAUCAAUUGUUGCUGCCACGUUAAUAAAGUACUAUUCUGUAGAGAGUCCUUCUCCAGCCAAUAAUCUUGAAAAUAUGCAUUCCUACUAUGUCCCAUGCCUGACACUGAAAGUUGUGACAGUUGGUUUUCAUCACAAGAAACAAAUCUGAUUAAAAAAUAUUAUUUUUCCGCCCAUCCUGGUAGUACAUUGAGCAUUUACCUGUGUCCAAGCAAGCAGUGAACAAGUGCCAACAGACCCCAGGUCAGGUAUCUGGAAAUCAGAUGCAGUGGUUUCUGCCAAAAUUGGACCCCCACUCAGAGAGUCAUUAGCUUGAGAAUCUCUGCCUGGAAGAAAAGCAGUACCAGUAUAUAAUUCACUACCUGCCUUUGAGUGCCCUUCCCUUCCCAGUUUUUGAGUAUCGCAUCUUCCUCAGUCCACACUACCAACUGGAUAUCAAUUUUCCAUCAAUGACCUCCCUGUGAGGAAACUCAUCUUUGCCGUGUUAAGUAUGUCAAUCAUCCUCCAUUCAGCAAUAAACUCUAAGACUGAGAUUUUAUGACAGUACCUCUCUUGGGACAAACUUCUCUCCCCAAUGAAAUAGACUUUGGUCUUCACAACAACUGCUUUGCCUUGAAUACAACAAAGAUCUUUAUGGCCACACACUUUUUAAGAGGAAAGUGCUACUGGUGAUCUGAAGGUUUGUUUCUCAUCUGCUUUCUCUUCAUCCAUAGCAGCUGUGUCCAUCACAAGCAGUUUUAAUUCCUGCUGGAGACCCUGGAGCCUAACUUUCCCUCUGCCCCAACUAUCACCUUGGUGCACCAUAUCAGUUUAUACAAAAAUCUCA